AAUUCGGGCUUGGCAUGGGUAUAAAAGAAGCCCGUCUGGAGUCCACAUAGCACACACACCGUCCCCACACCGGACCAUCCCUGCAAGCUUCGACCGUCUCCGUGAACGACGCCCUUCAAGCCCACCAUGAACGCUAUUACCCUAGCCCUCGCCUGCUCCCUGUUGGUGGCUGGAGCCCACUGCGCCGUCGUUUUUACAUACGGCGUGCCCGUGGUUCAUCCCGCAUCAGUGGUGCACCAGACGGUGGUACACAAGCCCUCGGUAACGCAACACCACGAGCUGGUGCACGUCCCCCACCAUGAGUACGGCUACAGCGUCGAGCACACUAAGGUGGUCCAGCCAAAGUCCUCCGUCGUCCACCACCACCCACUCACGGGGCUGCCCUACCACCAGGUCGACUACCACCACGCACCACAGGUGACCGGUUCCCGAAGCUCGGUGCACCAUAGCCGACCGGGCUACCUCCUGCACCGCACCCAAACCGUCGUCGUGUAACGGAUACCGGCACCGAAGCGCGCGACCAAC